CUACAUACAUGUGUAUGGAAGUCCUAGAAUUUUACCUUUUUAUCAUAUUCUUAUAUUUGAUCCCAUGAUUGUUUACUUUUUUGAGUCUCUUAACAAUGAAUAUAUUUUGCAGGCAGCUGUUCUUAUGUGUGUGUGUGUGGGUUUGUGGGCUGGACUUAUCAUCGAAUUUUGUAACAGAGUAUAAUACCAGUAAUGUGUACAUGUAACUGUAUACUCAAUAUGCGAAACUUGUUCUUCUAUCAAUUGUUUAAAUUUUCAAUUAUUCUACUGUAUACUCAGUAUGCGGAACUUGUUCUUCUUUCAAUCAUUUAAAUUUUCAGUUAUUCUGAUUUGGGUAGUGCAGAAACCAGAGUCUGUAAUAUUGAAAGAGAGAAGCGUUUCGGUGAUUCUUUUGGCCGGAGGGAAGGUACAAGCCUACAAGGAUGGGAGUCCUCUUCUGGCACCAUUUUGAUACAUCAACUAUAUUUUUAGAGUGUGAUGAGGCCUUUUUGUUAUGUCGGUGCAACUAGGUCAGCAUGCUGAAACAACAUCUCCCGCUUUUAAGCUAGCCAAUUGCAUUGUGCAGAUGCCAAGCAUAAGAUCCAGAUGGAACUCCAAUUCACCCUGCCUGGGAAGGAAAGUCAAGAUUCUGUCUACAGAAGACUCCAGUUAUUUUGGUGUAUCCUUGGAGCCUUGGAGGUUAUACGUGAAGUCAGAUUUCUUCACUGUCACUACUGCUAAUGGUUGCUUUUCAGUUAAAUCUGCCUACAACUCCGUUUUUGAUUUCUCAAAUUCUCAUAAUUGUCAAUGGAAGUUGAUUUGGAAUCUUGAUAUUCCUCCCAAGCUGAAAACUUUCCUUUGGACUAUGCUUCAUAAAAAGCUGUUAACUAAUGUUCAAAGGGUCACUAGAAGAUUUACCAAGAAUGCUACUUGUCCUAUAUGCCACUCUGCUGAUGAAACUCUUCUUCAUCUUCUAAGGGCUUGUCCUAGAUCUAUGCAGAUUUGGAGAGCUUUCCCUAAGCCUGAUAUAAUUUCUAACUCUUUUUCCCUGGAUUGGAAUGGUUGGAUAAAUGCUCAGCUGCAUUGCCAUCCUUUUGUUAAAACUAAUAUCAUGGAUUUCUGUUCCUUCUUCCUUCACCAUCUUCAAUUUGGGAACACAGAAAGUUGUCAAGAACCGGCAGCUGUUCUUAUGUGUGUGUGUGUGUGGGUUUGUGGGCUGGACUUAUCAUCGAAUUUUGUAACAGAGUAUAAUACCAGUAAUGUGUACAGAAACCGGAGUCUGUAAUAGUGAAAGAGAGAAGCGUUUCAGAGAUUCUUUUGGCCGGUGGGAAGGCCAGUAUGCUGAAACAGUAUCUCCCGCUUUUAAGCCAGCCAAUUGCAUUGUGCAGUGCUGUAGGACACAUGUAUUCUGAUUUGGUUUCAGUUGUGUUCUCUGAUGCCAAGCAUAAGAUCCACACGGAACUCAAAUUCACCCUACCUGGGAAGGAAAGACAAGAGUCUGUCUACAGUGGACUCGAGCAGGCUCUUAAAGAUGGUUGUUUAAUGGCGCAGCUG